CACGCCUGUCUUUUGUUGCACGCCCCGCUGCCAAAUACGCACUCUCGUUGCACUCAAAGCUAGCCAAGGCUUCCAUACGUCCUAUAGGCAACGGUGGACCCAAAUCGCCACUCACCGAUUCACGCGUCACUAUGAUCAGACGACGCACUCUCCUGCUGCUCGCCACUGCCGAGGCGUUAGUCGCACCGGUGACACGACGGACAACGACAAAAUUGCACGCCAUCGACGCGGUCGUCCUCGAGCAGUGCGCCGGCUACGCGGCGAUCCCCACGUGCUUUGUGGGCACCGGCGCGUUCCUGCUCGGGAGAGAACCGGAGGGCACAAAACUCGAAGGCGCGCUGUUAGGCAACAACGGCGAAGUAUUGACGAAUGACCCCGUCGAGGAGGGGGAGGUGGACAUCUAUAGGGAUACCGCAUUACGAUAUGCGGGCUACGCGAACGAAGUCGGCGAGGCCUUCGCCCCAUUAACACCGGGCUGGUGCGUGCCCUUCUCGUAUGCGGUCGCGAUCACGUACGUCAUCGCGGACACUAUUGAUAAGACGAAGAAAGUCUUAGAUGGGACCAAGUACGCGGGUGACAACAUAAACACUUGUGCUGCCAUCGAAGGUGUGGAUGCCCUGAUCUGGCAGCUCGCGGCUUCCGUCGCGCUGCCGGGGUAUACCAUUCAUCAGCUGGUGGCGAUUGUCGUCGCUCUGUUAGAUGCAUCAGGCGUGGACCAGAGCGGCGUGAUCUCGGCGCUGCCGACCGCGUGCGGCCUCGCGAUGAUCCCGUUCAUCGUGAAGCCGCUCGACGAGCUCGCGGAGGUCGCCAUGGACGUGACCUUCCGCAAGGUGUCGGCGCCUUACUUGGAGUCGUGCGAGGUGUAGGUUCGGCGCAGUAGUAAAUCUAGGAACUCAC